AUGACAUUUUUUGAAAGUAAACCAUGCCUAUAUCUUGUCCUUUUGUCUCUUUCCAGGUGUCAGCCCGGCUGGCAGGGCGCUCUCUGCAACCAGUGCGUGCCUUUCCCCGGCUGCCUGCACGGCACCUGUGCCAAGCCCUGGCAGUGCCUCUGCGACGAGGGCUGGGUUGGCAGCCUCUGCGACAUAGAUAUUCACCCAUGUUCUGCAAAGCCCUGCACCAAUAACUCAACCUGCAUAGAAACUGGUGAUGGAGGAUAUAAUUGUUUGUGUGCCCAGGGAUUUACAGGAAAAAACUGCCAUCUCAGGAAAGGACCCUGCAUUAUUAAUGGCUCUCCCUGCCAGAAUGGAGGAACCUGUGUUGACGACAAUGGCUUUGCACCUCACGCUUCCUGCCUGUGCCCUUCUGGUUUUGCUGGCAAUUUCUGCGAAAUAGAUACAGAUGACUGUGAAUCCAGCCCAUGUGAAAAUGGAGGAACGUGUACAGAUAUUGGUGCAGGAUUCAGCUGUUUUUGCCCCCAUGGCUAUACAGGAAAAGUCUGUAGCAGCCAAGUCAUCUUCUGUGCAAGUGGUCCAUGUGAGAAUGGAGGAACAUGCCGUGAACAUCCUCAGAGAGGUUACGAAUGCAUCUGCAAGCCAGAAUUUGUUGGUGCAACCUGCAAACAUCCCAGCAAAAACAUAAGUCUCUCUGAGGUGAACAAGGAGACAGAGAAUAUGCAGAGUUACAACCCACCACAAAAAGUGCAUCACAAAUCAGUGCAUCAAGAACAUCAAGUCCUGAAAAUAACAAUGAAAGAAACAAUCCAAAAUGCAGAUCCCUUGCUCAGUAAAAGUCAAGUGAUAUGUUUUGUUGUCCUGGGUUUACUUACAUGUCUCGUAGUCUUGGGUACAACCGGCAUUGUAUUUUUUUCAAAAUGUGAAAUGUGGCUUGCGAAUGCCAAAUAUAGUCAUCUCCUACGCAAGAAAAAGAACUUUUUUCUGAAAUCUAGCAAUGGGGACAACCUCUCUGUUAAUAUUAUCUUCCCAGAGAAGAUCAAAUUGACUAAUUACACCAAGAACUAUACUGCCAUCUAGGCCCUCAAAAGCCUAGCAGAAAUUUGCAAGUUUUCAUAGCAAUAUGUAAAAUAGAUUGAACUUACUGCCUGAGACUGGCUUCAAUAUUUGUGUGUACAAUUGCUGUAACUUGUGCUGAAUGGUAAAGAAGAAAUGUAAUAUGUCUGUUUCGCUGUGUGAUUUUUUUUUCAUUCCCCA